AUUUCUCAGGAUCUUUAAAAUAUGCCAGUUCUACCACGGACAUUGGUAACAUCCAAAAUUAAAGAACUGAAUGCAUUACCAGUAUCAUGGUUUGUGAAGCGACUGAAUGAGCAAGUCUUUCAUGUUUUAGAUUUUCGAAAUUGUGUAAUCUAUGAUGUUGCUGAGCAGGUUGCUCCCCUGUUGACUUCCACAAGUUUUCAACCAAAUCCAACAGCUCAGGAAGAGAAUGCAACAGACAAUGAAAGAACGCGCAAGAAGUCAGCAUCUACUGAUGAUCCGCUCUCUUAUCCUGAAUUAAUACUGAAAGUUGAUUUAUCUCUCAAUGAAUUACAAGAACUUUUGAUUCAAGAUUUGAUUCCGUUUCCUGAGAUUAGAUCGUUAGAUGUUUCAUUAAAUGCAAUAGAAUCAUUCCAGGGAAUAGAAAUAGCUACAAAGUUAGUUUCUCUGAAUCUAUCUUACAACAACAUAAGAUACAUACCUAAUGAAGCACUGGCCGAAUGCAGUAAUCUACAAAAUUUGGAUCUUUCUGUGAACAAGAUUUCGUCAUUGAUUAGAUUUCCAAUCCUCCCCAACCUUCUCACGUUAACGAUUCGUCACAAUAAAUUGAAAGAUUUACAAGGAUUGCAAGUACUCAGAUCUCUCAAGAAAGUCAAUGCAUCCAAGAACAAAAUUACAAGCAUCAUACACUUGUGUCCAUGUUUAGAAAUGACAGAACUCAAUGUCUCUGAUAACUUACUUGAUACAAUAUCAGAUGUUGUCGCCUCAAUUUCUCCUCUGACUAGAUUGAAGCAGAUCACUUUGAAAGGAAAUCCUAUUCUGUCUAGUAUACCAUUACAAGAAAUGCAUGCAGCAUUGGUUCGUGAAACUGCAGUUGUUAUUAUGGAUGGAAUUAACAUCAGACCAGCCAAAACACAGUUCAAUAGUUUUAGUCAUCGAGAACCACCAAGUCCGAGGGAUGAUAUAAAGAUCAAAUUGAAGAAGGCAGUUCGUGAAUCGAUGGCUGAAGGAAUGAUUAAGAAGCGACAGAGAACACACGACAGCAUAUUUUUUCUUCACAAAAAGAUAUUAAACUUGCUUGAUGAGCUUGAAGAACAAGAAGAUGCGGCAGUGGGUGAUACAGAAGCAUGGUGCAGAUAUAUUGACACUUUGACAGCGGAUGAAGCAAGAUCAUUAACAGUAAGUCAGAUAAGAGCUGCAGCAAUUGUGGAAUCUGAUGGAUUAAUUCCAAAAUCUCAGGCAUCUGAUACAAAUGCGGCUCAUCAGCGAAAAUUGAAACCAACUGUAAAUGAUAAAUCAGCUAAUCCUGAUGAAGUACUGAAAGCAGUUGCUGAAGCUCUGAGAGAAGUUAAGAGUUGAAUUCUGUAUCCAAAAAAUUUGUUGCAAAUUUUGUAUUUUUAUAUUGCUGUUUAGAUGUUCAUGUAUAUUUCCACUGUUUAAUUCAUAUGUUGUGCACUUUUCUAUGCAAAUUUGUUUAAUUUAGAUUGUUGAGCAAAUACAUAUAUUUUCACACA